CCCGUUUUCUGAUCGAUCUGAAGCAAUCUUGAGAAUUAUGCAUAAGUGAUGCAUACGGUGAUAAUCCAAGAUUGUUCUUGAGUCGAAAUGCCGUUGGGCAAAAAGCCUGUAAGCUGUAUACCAUGCGCAAAACGGAAAGUACGCUGCGAUAGACUUCAACCCUGCUGUCAUUGCAAGCGACGGAAGCAAGACACAUGUGUAUAUCCCGAGUUCGCUGGGGUUAGCGAUCAACUCUUUCGAGACCAAGCGGUGCGGAUCGAGAGGCUCGAAGAGUAUGUGCGAGUCCUCGGGGGCAACCCGAACGAAUCAAAUGUACGAGUUCGGCUGGAGAGUACACAAGUUGACAAACCUCAUGAGCAAGUGUCAGCUGUCAUUUCCAGGCAUACCAAAGGUGGACCCGCCCUUGUGAGCAGGACGCAGAGACCUACCCAAACAGCAUCAAGGCUUGUCGAGAACGACGGCGACGUCACCUAUAUUGAAACGCCAAUGUGGUAUAGUUGGAGAGGACAUGAUGACGAGUUGAGCUCUGAACAACGCAAUGCUCAGACGUCGAAGCCUCAUUACCAGGGGACAAUACUGGAUCUAAUCCAACAAACAGAUCUCAACAAUUCUUUCACGCCCUUACCACCACAGCCACACUUACACGUAUUAUGGCUAAACUUCUUGAAGAACGUGCAUCCCCUAGUUAAAAUAUUUUUUGACUGGGAAGUAGAGCCUAUUAUUCAAAAAGCACAAAGCCGGGGUAUUUCACUGCCAGUUGGAGAGCAAGCACUAGUGAACGGAAUUAGUUUCAUUGCUAUCUCGACAUUAUCGCGCGAGGACUGUCGAAUUCUGUUGUCUGAGGAGAAGCCUCAGCUGCAAACCCAAUAUCAACGACGCUUGGAGCGUGUCUUAUUGCUUAGCAGAUAUGCAGAGACAACAGACCGUCAUGUUUUGCAAGCCUUCAUGUUGUAUCUCCUUGCCAUGCGCAAUCGAGCUCGACCUGCAGCUAUCUACUCACUUAUGGGUAUCGCAUGUCGGAUCGCUGAACGGAUGGGAUUGCAUCGUGAUGGCUCGGUAUUUGGUUUAUGUGCUGUACGGUGCGAAGAACGACGACGCAUGUGGUGGCAACUGCAGUACAUGGAGAUUACCGUCGCGCGACUAGUUGGCAAUCUUUCCUUGACCGUCUUUGCUAGCUGGGAUACCAAGAUACCUUCGAACCUAGAAGACAGCGAUUUGAGUCCGGAUCUGGAAGCCAUGCCCGCUGAGCGCAAAGGUUUAACAAACAUGUCGCCCUGCCUAUGGAGAUAUAGCAUCAUCCAAAUGAAUUGCGAAACGCCGGGAAAAACUGGCUUCGAAAAGAUGACCUGGCCGUUAUCUCCACAUGUGCCACUCGAAGAGAAGGAGGCCAAAAUCGAUAGCAUCGAGAAGAUGCUGGCAGAACGCUUUUUGCAAUAUUGUGAGCUCCUAAAUCCUCUGCAUGUUCACGUACAGAUCGGUAUUCGUCAAUUCGUACUUGCAGCUCGCAGCAACGCGCGACAACCGUCACUUGCGAAUGCAAAAAUCUCUGAAAUGACUCAGAAAACGCGUGACGAGAUGCUUGAGAUUUGUUCGAAGAGCUUGGAGUACUUUGUGAUGAGCCAGACGACUCCGUCGCUCUUAGGCUUCCAGUGGGGCAACGACACCCAUUUUCAAGUGGCGUCUUUUGUUUAUCUGGUCCUUGAAGCUCAUCAGCGCUAUAGCGCCGACACGGUUGCGGAUCUGUGGAGCUUAAUUGGGCGUGUGUACGAUGUAACUCAGGUUGAAAUUGAUGUGAACUCUCAUUUCUAUGGGUGUCUAGCUCGUUGUUUAUAUACUAGGGGAAGGAGGGGGGCCAGCCCCGGGGGCAUAACGUGGUAUCUCUUCCUGACGCGUUACUUGAUUCAUCCUGUUUCCUGA